AUGCGCGCGUAUCAUGCCGCGCAGUCAUGCAGCGGUACGCUGUUGACAGCCGUCGUUGCGCCUACGCUCCAUGUACAUACCCCACACCGUGCAAUGACGUCACGCGCGUUAUGGACUGCGGCAUGGCGUGCGCCUGUGCGCGGUGUCUUUCUGCUUCGUGGCAUGGCACUCGUACAGAGUGCUGUGCGCAAAUUACAUCGCAGUGUAUCAGACUCUAUGCCUCCGUCUUCAUCGCCAAACUGCAGCCUCCAUACCCCAUCGCGGCGCGACGAGCUGCCAUGCCUGGUCCUUGACGCAGCGCUGCGGGCGCAGACGCCGCCUGCUGACCUACUAUACCUUUGUCAUAUUACAACCGACAUCCCUUGUGGUCUACCACGAGCUGUGCUGCAAAGACAACGAGCCGCACUUUUCCGGGUGUUUUGCGCACAGCUCAGCGCGGGGCGAUUCAAGGACGCGGCAUACAUGCUACGAGACGCGCGUCUGCGUCCAUCACAGCCCAAGCACAUGCUGCGCAUGCUUCUUCGUCGUCUUGGUCAGCAUGUCUCUACCCUCAGUACCGAUCCGGGCCAGUCAGCCCAUGCGGCUCUUCGUGAAACGCUCCGCAGUUUCGAGUAUGACUGCGCUCGGCGCGGCCAUUUGGAUACCCAAGUAUUUCUUCGUGUGCUGGAGCACUUACUGUCUCGGCACAUGCACACGGACAUGGCGCACUGGGCCCAAAGUACGGCCAUGAUGGUGUCUCAUCCGGACCCGCCGUUCUAUGCAGCACUCGCUGCGCUUGUGCACCGCAUGACAUCGACACACCGAGCACCUAUCCAGGCAGCUGCCUUCAUCGAGGCCCUACCCCCGGCAUGGCGUACGCAUGCGAUGUACCACGAUGUGCUUGUACACGACAGGGAGGUCUACCUUGCCGGCCAAGAAUCGAUGGCCUGGCGAAAGCGCCUGUGGCACGACUUGCGCACGAUACCGCAUCUCCGUCUGCCCUCUGCGCAAGGCGUCCUUGCUCAGCUCAGCGCCCAUGCCCACUGUGUACAUAAGUAUCGAGUGUGGUCCGACUGGCUUGCACUGGAACAUCAGGAGGAUGCAUCGCCAGAGAUGCGUGCGCGCGCCGUAUGGCUUGUGACGCGGACGUUUGUUCGAGCAGGUCACACGCGCUUGGCGGUGCGCUUUGCCGAGCGUCAUGCAUCUUCAGCGCCUGCGCACGGGACGCCACUGUUGAAUACGCUGCUUACCGGUAUACUCGAGGAUAUGCGCAAGUGCCGCAGUGUGCAUGACCGCACGUGUGUCCUGCGGCACAUGUACGAGUGCGUGUGGCAAGCCGCGCGACGAUGUCAGACGAACACGAUGCCUACACUGCCUAUCUUACCAGAGCUUGUGUCCUUAGCGCCAUCGCGAGCGGCACAGCGCGUCCUGUGGCUGCUUGCUCGUGUUGAGCGCCUCAUAAGCACGCAUGUGCUGUGUCCCAAUGUGCAAACGUUGCAGCUUUUGAUCCGCGCCGCGACAAAAUGGGAUGCGUCGAUGGACUCACAAGCCCUGUGGGACAUGGCCGCGCUUGCUCCGCCUCGCAGUCCGCAUACUCACAGAAUGCGCUAUUCGUUCUUCUCAGAGCUGGCCUCGGCCUUACAGCGACGAGCCGACUCGAGGAGCGCUCGCCGUGCCCGUGCCCUGCUGCGUCAUCACCGGCGGCGCGUCAAACCAUAG